AUGGCUUCAGAUAUAUUCAUAACAUCCAUUUCAUUAUUUUCAACAUUAAUUGCAGCUUCGCGGAUACUCUCCCAUGAAUGCACAUUUGAACUUAUUAAAAAUGUAUUUGACUUUCAGAUGCCAUCUAAUAAAGAUGAAUGGAAAAAUGUUUCUGUAGCCUUCGAUGAAAAUUGGAAUUUUCCACAUUGUUUGGGUUCUAUUGAUGGGAAACAUAUAGUCUUACAAGCACCAAUUAAUAGUGGCAGCGAGUUCUAUAACUAUAAGUCAUUUUUUAGUAUAGUUUUAUUCGCCUUAGUAGACGCAAAUUACAAUUUCUUAUUUGUGGACAUUGGGUGUCAAGGUCGAAUUUCUGACGGUGGAUUAUUUAAAAAUACUGAACUCUGUAAAAGAAUGCAAAAUAAAUCUUUAAAUUUACCCGAUCAAGAACCCUUGCAUGGUAGAGAUAUACCAAUACCGUAUGUAUUUGUUGGUGACAAAGCUUUUCCACUAGGCGAAAACCUUAUGAAACCAUAUACUGGUAACCAUCCUAAAGGCUCAAUUAAAAGAAUAUUUAAUUACAGACUCAGUAGGGCAAGAAGAGUAGUUGAAAAUGCGUUUGGGAUUGUAUCAUCAGUUUUCAGGUGUUUGCGAAAACCAUUAUUAUUACAACCCGAAACGGCAGAAAUUAUAGUUAUGGCAAUCGUCCACCUCCACAAUUUUUUAAGAAAAAGCGUAGCGUCAAAAAAUAUUUACUCGCCACCGGGUACUUUUGAUUUUGAAGAGAACGGUGAAAUUAUGUCAGGUAACUGGAGAUUGAAUGAAGAUGGGAUGACGUCAAUGUUACCCAUAAGAAAUGUACCACGAAGAAAUACAACCACAGUAGAAGAAAUCAGGAAUGAGUUGGCUAAUUUUUUUAUGUCAAAUGGUAAAGUGACAUGGCAAGAUGAUUAUGCCUAA